AGCUCAAGAUGAGAGGUACAAUUUUACCAGAGGUAUCGCGGGAGUCCGAGAGUAAUCGGAGUGAAAGCGGAGACCACCCCAAAGAUGACCUUCAACCCCCACCCAAGCGAGCGAAAAGAGAGAAAUACGUUUCGAAGGCAUGUGCCCAGUGUCAGCGCCGCAAGAUAAAAUGCGAUGGAAAUGCUCCCUGUCGAGCCUGUACAUUCAAGGGACGAGACUGUCAACGUGUGGGUACAGAUAUGCGCGGAAGGUGGCGAGCCAAAGAGCGUGCAUCUACCAGAUCCCAAGAUUUGGCAUCUCGAAUGAGUAUAGUCGAGCGCCAACUGGGCUUAGUGGAAGGUCCCGAAACUGGUGGAUGUGCUGAACCUGAGAGGACCCAUGGGGCGUUUGGUCAUGGCGGUUCCUCACGCAGGCAAGACAUUAGCCCGGUUCAGGAAUCGAGCGAUCGAAUUUGGAGUUCACGGUCACAAGUUCCAACCUUCUCUGGAGAGACAUCCGUGGCCCAUAGCCUCACGGUCGUCGAGGGACGACUGAAACAGAUGGGCGUGGAAUAUAAAAGACUUCGCUCCGCAUCGCCAAGUCAGCAAUUCAUAUCACGCCUGACGCCUUCACCGAAUGAAGCACCAGAAGAUCUAUUGGGCCGAAAUACGAGCUUCAUCCCAAGGGUUUUGGAUGCGCAUCGCAUCGUACCGGACCGUCGCCAAUGGGAUGGACUUCUGCGCACAUUUUGUGACGAGGUGCAGAUUCUUGUGCCAUUCCUCCAUCUUCCUAGCUUAUGGCAUCUUCAUGACGAGCUCUGGAAGUCUGGUUGGCAUGAUGGAUUCAAAGACCAGCCAAAGCAAGGCAGUCACCGAGUACAAGCUGCCCAGCUUCUACUCUGUAUUGCAAACGGAAAAUGUGUGGAAUCAGCGCGAUUGGAAGACGACAGAGGCCCUUAUUCCGCCGGCUGGAGCCUUUACAGCGCUGCCAGGGAGAUAUUCGGUGACCUCAUUGACGGGUUCCGACAGUGUGAGGACCAAGUCCUUGUCCUACAAACGGUUGUUUUGAUGGUAGUUUACCUCUUUCGCCUCGAUGCGCACGGAUCGGCUGAGAAAAUUCUAGCCCUUGCCAUAUCGCACGCGCAUCAUAUUGGCCUUCACAGGGAGCGAGUUGUCAGUGCAAUGUCUGCAUUUCAGAGUGAAAUGGCUCGCCGCUUGUGGUGGUGCAUCUACCUGUUGGAUCGAAGGCUGGCCAUCGAAACCGGCCGUCCAUUCCUCAUCCAGGACAUAAACGUCGAUGUGGGACUCCCAAGCAAUGUUAGUGACGAAUGGCUCACUACCAACAAGACAACCCAGCUGGCAAUGAACCCUAAUGCGCCAACCAAGGAACAAAUUCCUACGUCGGUCCCGUACCUCAUAGCUAUGAUUAGCUAUUCCAAGGUCAUUGGAAAGGUGUGGGAAGCUCUAUAUGGGGCUGGUACAUCCGACUCGAGCCCAAGCCCCUUGCUACAUGAAUAUCUUGAGCAUUUGACAACUCAGUCGCAGAGAGGUCUUCAAAAGGAAUUUACACACGACCCCUAUCAUGAAGAUAAAUAUAAUAGUGAAGGUUUAGCCUGGUGGCAAGUGAAGCAACAUCUCAUGAUGCGAAUGCGGUGGUGCUCACUCUAUCUUUUGAUUCGCAAGCCUAUGCUUCGAAAAACGCGAAGUGAUCACAAUUCAUCACCCGAGGAGAUCGAGAACGAAGUCAUCUGUAUGCGCCUGGCUCAGAGAAUCAUCGAUGACUUCAAAAAUGUACCAGAAGAACACCCAAAGUACACGUUUCCAUUCUUGCAUUACCUGACAAGUGCUACGAUAAUUGCACUUGGGCUCAUCAUCAAACAACCUUCGUUUACAAGUUCCUACGGAGCUCUAACGCUCAGGGCCACUCAAUCCCUGAAGGAACAUUGUCGCAAGACAUGGAUGUCGGGCAAGAUGAUCCACACAGUAUGGAAACUGAGACAAAUUGCAGAUGCAAUUUUAAGUUCCAGUAAUAUACCGCUAGACCGCCUGUCUCACUCUGCAGGUGGCGCAAGCGGUGUACCUGCGACCAAAGAUUUGGCCCAGCGCACUUCAAAGAACGGAAGGAGUCCAUCUUUACACUCUACGAUGGUUAACCCUAUUCGAUCGACAAUGUCCUCUCCAGCACCUUCAAUCGAACAUCGGAGGUAUAUCGAUAUCAUUACUAACCCUUAUAUCCGGACAGCACCGGACGCUGGAGCGCUUUCAGGAGUCACAGAAACACAUAGUUACCAACGGACAGACCCAACACGAGAAGGAGCCAGAACUACGAGGUCGAAAUUUGGUGGUGACGGUCAUCCGACCCUGGGAGAUGCCAGCUCUCAAGGACCAGAGGCUUUCCCAUACCACACAACACAAAUAAGUAAUGGAACAGAAUCAGAUGUUAGAAUGAGGGGUGAAGAGGAUGCUCAAAACUAUUGUGAUGGCUAUGGAGCCGUUUCGUCACAAAUGUACGGGUUUGUGCCGCCUGAAGGAGAUAUAGAUGCUCCCUUACCGGGAGAAAUGAUCAACCGUGGAAUGGAAUGGCUACAGUCCUUAUUUUCUAAUGGUGUCGAUACACAGAUUCUCCCUGUAUGGGACUGAUCAAUAUACAGGGGCAGAGUGCGGGCUGCCCGUUGAGAAAAACCGUCCUUGGAGAAACACAAUGCCAAUACUUUAUAUAUUCACAUGAAAGACGAGAAAAACGAAGCCUAUUCUAUUACUAUUCAACGUCGAGAUAGCCGCAAUCUAUGUUGAAAGUGAAGCUAUAUACACCGGAUGUAACCGGUAAGAAUUUUACGGGCU